AUGCCCCUAUCAGAGAACCAUGCUCGCAGUCUGCGAGGAGAAAUGCACUAUGCAUUCACUCCAGAAUUGAUUAAGCUUCGCGACAGGACCCAUCAAGCCAUAGUCAAAUACAACAACGCCAACACUGCCGAGCUCUCACGAAGAAAGCGUGUAGAGCUGUGGAACGAAAUUACCCAAGACUCGACUCCCCUCCCACCACAAGCACCAACAGAAGAAGAUGAUGAUCUUCUCUUCGCCGAACAUGCUUGGGUCGAACCUCCAUUCCAUGCAGAUUAUGGGACCAAUAUCUCCCUGGGCAAGAAUGUCUUCAUCAACUUCAACUGUACUAUCAUCGACACAUGUAAAGUAACGAUUGGAGCUCGGACACUGUUCGCUCCUGGAGUUUCACUUUAUGCCGGCUGCCACCCCAUGGACCCCGAAGUCAGGAAUGGUACGAAAGGACCUGAAAUGGGCGCUGAGAUUCAUAUUGAAGAAGAUUGCUGGAUUGGUGGGCAAGCGAUUAUCUUGCCUGGCAUCACGAUUGGGAGGGGAAGUGUAGUUGGGGCUGGGAGUGUGGUGACCAAGAAUGUGCCACCAUAUACUGUGGUCGCUGGCAACCCGGCCAAGAAGAUCAAGGAUGCGCCUCGAAAUACGCACGAAGAAGUGACCAGCGGCGCACUCGAAGUCGUGACCAGAGAGGCUAGCGAAGAUCAAUCUUGGCGGCAGUACAGCGCGAAAAAGGAUUGA